AUGGAUUACAAAAUGGAGAUUGUUGCGCUGCUUUUAUGCGUUAUACCUGCGUUUGUCGCAUCAAUCACAAUCACACCAAAUGGAAACAGUCCCGAAAUUAAAAUGGUUGGAGGAAUGUCGAUGGAUGUGCAGCAGGACUUCAUACCAAUGGAAUCAAAAAUAGAAGAAGUGACUAUCAGAACAAACCGUGGAAAGAAGCGAAAACCCCAAACCACCCAAACUAAUAGUAACUCUACAAAGUUAUCGAUCAACGAAAGAUACAGGAGACUAAUACCUUAUAUGACAUUCUACUAUGCCAACGACUUGGCGGCACCGGUGACGGAUAACGUAAAGGAAGUUGAAGUAGAAAAAGCACAAAUACUCGAGGCCAGCGGCAUAAAUCACGCCAAUAAUCGAGAGCCCAAAAAAAUCGUUUAUUCGAAUAGAAACAUUCCUAGAUAUCAAGGAAACAGAUUAACUCAACAUAACAUCGCAUCCGCAAAUCCAACAAAAAUCUAUUACAAAGGAGGUGUACCAGUUUAUCAUACUACAAACAAAGUAUCUCCAAAUUACAAUCCCUUAUUGUCGGAAUUUAAUAACGGAGUCUUGAGAAAUGAAUACGAAAACGUCAGAUUGGUUCAUAAGCAAGUUCCAAAACCCCAAGGCAUUGCGUUUAUACCAACAACCAGAAAACCUUAUUUGAAUUUAUACAAUGAGGACUCGCCCAACAUUCGGUAUUAUUUGUCGGAGAAACCGAAAUAUAAAUUGGUUCCUUAUGAGCAAACUCCUCCCGUUAAAGUACCCGAAAAUGAGAACGUUUAUGACAUAACAAAAAAACCAGUACCAGUAUCGGUGUUAAUACCUAAAGAGCAUGUUUAUGUGAAACCAAGACCGGCUCGUCCCCACUAUGUUUACGACAACAUUGACGUUCAACAACCACCAAUCAGGAAGCAACCGUCAAUUGUUUCAGAAAGUUAUUAUGAGAAACAACGUCCACAACUCCUGCUGGCUCAACCUAUUGUGCAAAGUGGGUUUAAACCAAUAGUUAACUCACCUCAAUAUUCCAAGGAACCUGCGACUUACACUACUAGUGUACCUGAUGUUGAUCUUGAUUUUGAAAAUCAGAAGUACGAAACACAUUUACAGUCUCCACAAAGUGGAAACUAUGAGGAAAUAAAGCCUCAUUACUAUCAAUAUGUGGUUGACCAGGCCCCAACGUACAAACCUCCACCAGCAACGUCUAACACAGCUCCACUGGCGUCUCUGUUGAACUCGCUUCAGCUGAAUAAGUCUAUUCCAAAGCCUAUUACAAAAGAAAAUGUCAGUGCGUCCAUUAGGACUUUACUACAAGUGUUGAAUGUUUUGAAGGCUGUACCGCAAUCAAUCAAUGGAGGUGUCCCAGUUCUAAGCACCCCCAAACCAUUUGUGGCGUCAGAACUAGUUAAAGUAUCAAAACCAAGUAUUGAUGCUCAAUCAGACCCAGAACCGGAGCAGCCAACAUUACCGGAUGCAGAAUUCCCCGAAGAACCAUACCUUGCGCCCGUGAAUACUCCUUCCCAACAACUUGAUGAGUUAUCACCUGGUGUUGGAAGCAGCCAACAUUUCCCCUUGCAGCAGGCAUCCGACGACGAAGGUGGCACUCCAGGACGGCCAGGCAUCGACUACCCUAUACUCACCACGAUCCCUACCACCAGCUUCGACUGCAAGACGCAGCGGUACAAAGGCUUCUUCGCAGAUCCUGAGACACGUUGUCAGGUGUGGCAUUACUGUGACCUGAAUGGAGGGCAGGCGUCGUUCUUAUGCCCGAACGGGACAAUAUUCUCCCAGGCAGGACUGACCUGCGACUGGUGGUUCAACGUGCGUUGUGCUACCACUACUCAGCUAUACGUAUUGAACGAGAGUCUAUACAAGUACAUCCUGCCACAUUCGCCCAAGUUCCCCGAGGAUUACAGUGGACCACUGGUUGAUAAAUACUUGACCCUUAAAUUCAAAGAAAUGGAGGAAGAAUUCAAAAAGAACAAGAACAAGCAGAGUGUUGCUGAAAAAAGUGAUUCAGAUGAAGAAUCUGAUGACUCUGAUGAAAAUUCUACUGAGAAGGAAGAUUCAAGUGAGAAAGAGGACACUGAAGUCGGCAAAGGAGACAGUCCAGUUAGCGAAACUAGUGUCAUUGUAGACUCCCCCGGAGAGAGUGGGAAAGUCGAAAGGCUACAAGAGUAG